UAAACAUGACUGACUUCUGAUACAUAAACCUACAGAAUGACAGGUGUUAAUAUCAAUUAAUCUUGUAAUGAAAGAGUGAACACGUCGCCCGACUACAAAGUAAAUGAGUAAAAGUAUCCACAUUCUGCGAAGCAAUAGAAGAAGCUCAAGAUUUAUGAGUGGGUUGAAAUGUUCAGUCUGAUGGCGAAUUGCUGUAACUGGUUGAAACGCUGGCGUGAACCCGCAAGGAAGGUGACACUGGUGAUGGUGGGACUGGACAAUGCUGGGAAAACGGCUACAGUGAGAGGAAUCCAGGGAGAGAAUCCACAAGACGUAGCUCCCACCGUGGGUUUCUCGAAAGUGGACCUCAAGCAGGGAAAAUUCGAAGUCACGAUCUUCGACCUUGGAGGAGGGAAGAGGAUUCGAGGCAUCUGGAAAAACUAUUACUCGGAGUCGUACGGCGUGGUUUUCGUGGUGGACUCCAGCGACGUCCAGCGCAUGCAGGAGACCAGAGACACCAUGGCAGAGGUCCUGCGUCACCCCCGAAUCGCCGGAAAACCCGUCUUAGUGUUGGCCAAUAAGCAGGACUGUGACGGGGCAAUGGCUGAGGCGGACAUCAUAGAGAGUCUGUCAUUGGAGAAGCUUGUUAAUGAGAACAAGUGUCUCUGUCAGAUUGAGCCUUGCUCUGCCGUCCUGGGGUACGGCAAGAAAGUGGACAAAUCCAUAAAGAACGGCCUGAACUGGCUCCUCGGCAACAUCGCCAAGGACUACGAGGCGAUAACAGAGCGCGUGCAGAGGGACACGGCGGAGCAGAGAGCUCAGGAGGAGCAGGAGAAGAAAGAGAGAGCGGAGAGAGUGAGGCGAAUACGAGAGGAGAGGGACCGUCAAGAACGGGAGGAGGCAGAGAGAGAAGGUAGACAAGUGCAGGAGGAGGAGCCGGACGACGGGAACAUCUCCAGCCCGUUUCAGCCAAUCAGCAACGUCGUUACUGAGAACGAGGAAAAACUGAGAAGGGAGAAAGACAAGAAAAGACAGAGAGAAGAUGGCUCUCUGGAGCAGUCCCAAAUGGAAGAUGAGGAAGGAGAGGAAGAGGAGGAGGAAGAACAAGAGAGCGAGAGACAAACCCCAGAGAGCACAGAAUCAGGUACAGUAGACCAGGCCAAAAAGAAGACCAAGAAACUUCGGCUGAAGAGGAAGCACAGAGUUGACCCUCUCAGAACAGAAGAGAGCACACCCCAGAGCCCCACCCCUCCUCCACCCCCAGUUGGAUGGGCUACUCCCAAAGUGUCUAGACUUCCUAAACUUGAACCGCUCGGAGAUUCAAGGCGUUCCGAUUUCUAUGGCAAGCCCCUCCCUCCCGUAGCAAUUAGACAGAGGCCAAACAGUGACACUCAUGAUGUCAUUUCAUAA